ACUUCUAGUCUCUAGAUGCUCUGUACUCAAGGGACAGUUCCUGUAUAAAGCUCAUGAUAAAGUAACAAAAGCACACUACAAAAAAGCAUAAAGAAUUACACAAACAGGAACAAUGCUAAACAAAGAUCUAUGAUACAUGAGCUCAGAUGAAAAAAAACUUCAUGGGGUGUGUUUUUUUACAGCUACAGAUGUCAUAAUCUCAUCAAGUUUUGAUUUUUAUUGUGGACGAGAUUACUGUUGUUAGUACUGGAUUGGGGCUCCGUUGGUCUGCUUAGGCCGUUGUGAAAUUACCCGACGAUUUCACAUUAUGGCUUCUUUAUCACAAGAGGAACUAGAGCACAAGUACUCAUGGUGGUGGGAUAGUCACAUAUGUCCAAAAAACUCAAGGUGGCUUCAGGAAAAUCUUACUGACAUGGAUUCCAAGAUAAAAUCAAUGAUCAAACUUAUAGAAGAGGAUGCUGAUUCCUUUGCAAGAAGGGCGGAGAUGUACUAUAAAAAACGGCCGGAGCUUAUGAAAUUGGUUGAGGAAUUCUACAGAGCAUAUCGAGCAUUGGCUGAAAGAUAUGAUCAUACAACAGGAGUGCUCCACCAGGCCCACCGAACAAUGGCAGAGGCAUUUCCAAAUCAAAUCCCCUUUUUACUCCUCGACGAUGCACCUACAAAUACCGGUUCUGAGGCUGAACCAAAAAUACCUAACAUGUCAACUCCCCCACAAGCAUCUUUUUGCACUGACGAGCUCCAGAAUAAUGCUCCUGGACUAUCUUUUUCUCAUUCUCAUACUAACAAAAGAAAGGAGGUGCAGUCUGAUUCUGCAAUUAGUAAAGGUAGUCUAGAACAGUUCAAUGGUUUAUUUCGUUAUGCAGAAUCUAAGAAAUCAGAAGAAGGUAGGGUAAGAAGAAGUCUUAACUUCAAUGAUGAUGUGGAGUCUGAGCAUGUGAAUAAAUUUGAGGAGGAAAUACUAACAUUAAAUGAUGCCUUUGCCAAACUAGAGGCAGAAAAAGAUGGUCUAAAUCAGUAUAAACAGCGUCUCGAGCAUGUACAAAAGCUAGAAGUGGCUGUUUCUCAUGCUGAAAAGGAUUCUCGCGAACUGAGAGAGCAAGCAAUCAGGGAUAAAUCUGAAAUUCAAGCCCUGAAGAAAGUUAUCUCCGAGUUUGAAGCUGAAAAAAAGGCCGGCCUUUUGCAAUAUGAGCUGUGUUUGGAGAAGAUCGGUAACCUGGAGAACAUUUUAUUUCAAGCUCAGAAGAAUGUUGUGGAUCUUGAUAAACGCGCUACUAAAGCUGAAGCUGAUGCUCACACUUCAGCUAAGGAACUGGCUAAAGUAGAAGCAGAAAGGGAUACCAUUGUCAAUCAGUAUGAACGAUCUUUACAGAUGAGAUCGGACCUGGAGAAAAAGGUACUGCUUGCUGAAGAGAGGGCAGAAGUUGAAGUUCAAACUUCAAAGUUUGCCAUCUCAAAAUUGAUUGAAGAGAAGGAAGCUGCAGGAAUAAAAAAUGAGCAGUGCUUGGAGACCAUUUCUUCUCUAGAGCUUGAAAUCUCUGCUGCGGGCAAAGAGGUUCAGAAUCUCAAAGGUGAGAUGAAUUGUAAAAUUGAAAAGCAGUUUUCGCAGGUAGAGAUAUCAAACCAGUCACUUCACACAGAGUUGGAAACUUUGGUUCUGAAGGUAGACACUCAAAGUGAAGAACUUACACAGAAACAGAAGGAGCUAGGAAGACUUUGGGCAUGCAUACAAGAAGAGCGAUUGCGGUUCAUGGAGGCUGACACUGCAUUCCGAACUUUUCAGCUUGCUCACUCACAAGCUCAGGAAGAUCUGAGAUCUUUGGCUUCAGAGCUACAGAAGAAGUCCGAAACUUUGAAGGAUAUUGAAACUCAUAAUGACAGUCUGCAGAAUGACAUAUUGAAGCUUAAAGAUGAGAACAAAAGCCUAAAUGAACUGAACCUAUCAUCUACUAUUUUCAUGACGGGAAUGCAAAAUGAUAUUUAUAGAUUAAGAGAAAGAAACGGGAAGCUGGAAGCUGAGAUCGAUCUUCGAUUAGAUCAAGGAAAUACUCUUCAGCAAGAAAUUGACUCUCUGAGAGAGGAAUUGAGAGAUGUGAACAGUAAACACCAUGCAGUUUUGAAGCAAGUUGAUGCAGUGGGCCUAAACCCAGAAUCUUUUCAAACAGCGGUGAAGGAAUUGCAGGAUGAGAACUUGAAACUAAGAAAUUCAUGUGGGAGAGAAAGAAGUGGGAGAGAAGCCCUUGUGGAGAAGUUGAGAACUUACGAAAAGCUUCUUGAUAAAAAUGCGGUCUUGGAGAAUUCCAUGUCAGAAUUAGGGACUGAAUUAGAAAAUGUGAGAAGGAAGAUUAGUGUGCUGGAAGCAUCAUGCCAAUCUCUUUUACAGGAUAAAUCUACUCUUUUCGAUGAAAAGGCAUCUCUAAUGACUCAACUGCAAUUAACUGCUGAUCAUAUGCGGAAACUCUCGGAGAGGAAUACCAUUUCGGAAAAUUGCCUUUCUGAUACACGCGAUGAACUUGAAAUGUUGAAGGAAAAGUCAAAGAUUUUAGAAGAUUCAUGCCUGCUUCUGGUCAAUCAGAAAUCUGGCCUUGUUACAGAAAAUGGUAAUUUAUCUUCCCAACUUAAAUUAACUCAGCAACUCUUGAAUGACAUAGAAAAGAGAUCAAUGGAGUUGGAGGAGAAUUGCUCAGCUUUGGAGAAAGAUAAGAUAAUUACACUUGAUGAAGUAAAAUGUUUAAAAGUUCACUUGGAGGUGCAGAAACAGGAGCAAUACAACUUUGCUCAAUUGAGUUCCGCACAAUUUGCCGGUUUAGUAGACAAGGUCCAUCUCCUACAUGAAGAAAGUUGGAACAGAAUUAGAGAAUUAGAAGGAGAACUAGAUAAAGCUCUCGACUGCCAAAUUGAAACCUUUGUCUUGCACGAAUGUGUACAUGAUCUGAGAGAUAAAAACUCAAUUAUGUUGAUUGAGUGCCAGAAACUAUUGGAGGCAUCUAAAUUGUCGGAAAAAUUAAUUUCUGAGCUAGAGGAAGAGAAUCUUGAGCAGCAGGUGGAGGUGAAAUGUCUGUUUCAUCAACACAACUCACUACGAAUAAGUAUGUCUCAGCUGCUGAAAGCUUUUAACAUUGUUCCAGACCAUGCAUGCAAACAUGAAGAUAUGCAAGGGAAAACGAGUCUGGACCAUAUUUUAAGCAAAGUUGAAGAUAUUAAAAGUUCUCUAUCAAUAACUCAGGAUGAAAACCAGCUAAGGGAUGUUGAGAUGUCGGUACUUAUUACUCUACUUAGUCAAUUGAGGUCAGAAGCAGAAACUAUUCAGAUUGAGAAAAACAUUACUGAUAAAGAGUUGCGGAUCAGGUCAGAACAAUGCAUGAUGCUUGGAAGCGAGUGUCAAAAACUUUCCAAGUUGACAGAAGAGCUGAUAAUAAAAGUAACUGAUGGGUAUCAUAAAGAAGAAGAACUCAUGAAGAGGGUAGAAAAUCUUCUUGGAAAGUUGUUGGUUGUUGAAGGAGCUUAUGAUAAUUUACAAGAGGAGAAAACACGAGUUUGUGAGGAAAAGGAGGUCUUAGUGAAGGAACUUUUAAAUUUAAAGAAAAAGAAUCACACUGUAGAAGAGGAAGAGUAUGCUAUCUAUGGUGAGAUGGUGUUUUUACAUGUUCUCUCUUUAAUUUUCAUGAAUUUUCUGGAUGAGAGAUCCAAAGAAAUGAAAAGGCUUAGUGAUGACGUGGACAAACUUCAUGGCAUCAAUGAUGCCCUAGAAAAGAAAUUGAGCAUCACACAGGAGGAGUUGGAUAAUCUGCAAGUGAGGAACCUGUGUCUGAAGGAGACCUUGAGUAAGACCGAUGAUGAGUUGAGAGAAACCACCUAUCAUGUUGGUUACUUAAAACAAGACAUUGCAAACGGCAAGGAUCUCUUGCACCAGAAAGAAAGGGAUCUUUUUGAAGCUGAACAGAAAUUCAUUAUUUGGGAAAAUGAGAAAUUACACUUUUCUAAGGAUAUGGAUACUUUAAAGAGGGAAUAUGAUGGGGUUCAGAUGAUCAGGGAAGAUCAAGAGAAAUACAUAGCCAAACUAAGUGGAGAUAAUGAUCGUCUAAGUAAUGAGAAUCAGUUCCUUGCUAAAGCAAAACGGAAAUUUGAGGUUGAGUUGUGCCUUCUGCGUGAUCUACAGGAAACAUCUAGAAGCAAAGAGGAACACUUGUGUUCUGAACUGCAAAACAAAAAUGAUGAGAUUGACCUGUUGCAGACACAAGCAGUAGCGCUGUUUGUGGAGUUGCAAUCCUCCACUGUAGCUCGAACACUGUUGGAAGAAAAGGUCAACGAGCUUGUUAAGAAAGUCAUCAGCCUUCAAGAUGAAAAGAAUAUUAACAGUAUGAAAAAUGCAUUGCUUGAUGAAAAGUUUGGCAUUCUGGAAGGUCAGAACGAAGAACUCAAAUCUCAGUAUGUUAAGCUUGGCCAAGCUGUGACCUCACUGAUGGAAAGUGUAUCGUCCCUGGAAAAGCACACAUUUAUGCAUAAAAAUAUUCAAGAACCUACUAAUGAGGAAGUCAAGGAGGUUCACUUGCUAGAUCGGGAUGCCAUCAUUCCAUAUGCAUCAUCAAACUUGCACAGUUUGCAAGUAAGAAUCAAAGCCAUUGAAAAUACAGUCAUUGAAAUGGCAAGGCUUGCGACACAGGAUAACCUGAAUGCAUAUAGCAAAUUGGAGACUACAGUGAAACAGAUGGAAGAAUUAAGAACUGCAAACCGCUCCCUUAAAGGAAAGCUAAAGCCAUUAUCUGAAAUCUCAGAGUUGCCUGGUAUUCCGCCAAAAGACAUUAUGCUCGAUCACAGAUCUGAAAGUUCAUCAUACGGCCUAGGCAGGAGACACUAUGUUGGGCCAGAUAAUCAGAUGCUUGAGUUGUGGGAAACUGUGGAUGAAGAUAGCAGCAUUAAUCUUUCUGUUGGGAAGGGAAAGAAGGUGGUUGGUGCACCCACCAAAAAAGAAUGGUCUGAAGCAUUAAAACAUAAGGGUGCGUCUUUCUCUUCAGAUUUUAUUGUCGAGAAAGAAAUAGGAAUGAACAUAUUAGAGAUCUCAAGAAAAUUCAAAGAAACUCGUCAGGAAGGGAACAAGAGAAAGGUCCUGGAAAGACUUAAUUCUGAUGUCCAGAAAUUGACGAACCUUCAGAUUACUGUGCAAGAUCUAAACAGGAAAGUUGGGAUCAUGGAGAAAAGCAGAAGUGGUAAAGCUCUAAACGGAAAUGAUAGUAUAAAGUUGAAGCUGGAAGAAGCUGAAACAGCAAUUCAGAAGUUGUUUGACCUCAACGACAAAUUAACAAAAAAUGUUGAAGAAAUUUCAACGCCUUCUGCUAAAAUUGCUACAAUGAAGUCCGGAGAUAGUGGGAGCACGAGAAGGAAAAGAAUUUCAGAACAAGCGCGAAGAGUGUCUGAAAAGAUUUCCGAGCUGCAGUUGGAGAUACAGAGAAUACAGUUCGACUUGAUGAAAGUCGACAAUGGCAAUGAAAGCAGAGGUAAAUUUAGAGUUACAGAGACCAAUAGAAGAAUCCUUCUCAAGGACUAUCUGUACACUGGGGCAAGGAAAAGCCCCAGGCGAAAGAAGGCUCCAUUUUGUGCAUGCAUGGAGCCUCCAACAAGAGGAGACUAGUCUGCAUGCUGUAGAAUCCAUAAUUAUAUCCUUAAUAGUCUUUGUAACUUCCUUUAGUAGACUUUAUAUAGGACCUAACAGUAAUAUCUCUUUCAAAACAGCUUGUAAUAUUUUCUAUUAAUUAAUUCUAAUUUUUAAGAUGCU